AUAUCCCAUUCUCUCACUUCACUUCCUCUUCAACAUUCUUAUCAACCAAACAAGAAAUGGCACACACACUUAGCUUUCUUGCUUUCACACUUUUCUCCAUUUUCUUAGCUUCAUCAUCUCCUUCAAUUGCAGGAUCAGCACAAUACAGUGUGCAGAGCUAUGGUGCCAAGCCCGAUGGCACAACUGACUCAACCAAGGCCUUUCUUGCUGCAUGGGCUCAGGUCUGUGGGUCUUCGGAACCUGCAUCUCUUUACGUGCCUUCAGGGAGGUUUUCGCUAGGCAAGGUGACCUUUCAGGGUCCCUGCAAGAACAGUGCCAUUCUAGUUACUAUCGAUGGUACCCUUGUGGCUCCAUCAGAUUAUUCGGCUAUCGGUCAAGAAAAAAAUUGGCUAAUGUUCGAGCAUGUUGAUGGGGUUACUGUUUCCGGCGGUAUACUUGACGGUCAAGGCACCGCCUUGUGGUCUUGCAAAGCCUCCAGGAAGAGUUGCCCCAGUGGCGCAACGUCAAUAGAAUUUUCCAAUUCCAAUAACAUCGAAAUCAACGGAUUAGCAUCACAAGAUAGUCAGAAGUUUCAUAUUGUCAUCAACGGAUGCAAGAAUGUGAAAGUCCAUGAUGUGAAAGUCUCUGCGGCUGGCAACAGCCCAAACACCGAUGGGAUUCACGUUGAACAAUCUACUGGUGUCACGAUCUUGAAUUCCAAGAUUGGUACAGGUGAUGAUUGUGUAUCAAUUGGCCCUGGCACUACUAAUUUAUGGAUCGAAAAUGUUGCUUGUGGACCUGGCCAUGGAAUCAGCAUUGGAAGUUUAGGCAAGGAACUUGAAGAAGAUGGAGUGCAAUAUGUAACUGUUAAGAGUUGUACAUUUUCUGGCACUGAAAAUGGUGUGAGGAUUAAAUCUUGGGGCAGACCCAGCAAUGGUUUUGCUAGGAACAUUCUUUUCCAACAUGCUGUUAUGACCAAUGUCCAAAACCCUAUUCUGAUUGAUCAAAAUUAUUGUCCUGACGACAAAAAUUGUCCUAACCAGCAAUCCGGCAUUAAAAUUAGUGAUGUGACAUACCAAGACAUCCAUGGAUCAUCAGCAACAGAAGUGGCAGUGAAAUUGGACUGUAGCAAAAAGAAUCCAUGCACUGGGAUUGAAUUGGAGGAUGUGAAACUAACUUACAAUAAUCGGCCAGCUGAAGCUUCUUGUACUAAUGCUGCUGGUACAGUUUCUGGUUUUGUUCAGCCCUCAAGCUGUCUUUAGGAGGGAGGAAUGUCUUGUUUCAGGAUUUUGAAUGACGACAAUGCUAGGAGUAAGAAAACUAGCUCAUUGAGUCCGUUGAGUUUGGUCUCUGGUUGAUUAAAUCGGUUUAUUGCCCGAGUCUGGCGCUUUUAAUUAGGCCCAAUUCAGCUUUGUUGGAGCCCGACCCUGCAAUGAUCUAUUGUUUCUAUCUCGUUAACUUAUUUUGUGAAAAAUAUUAAUCCAUUU